AAUCAAACGUGGUUAAUGUUGAUAUUAGUGGCCGGGUUGGGACGGCGGCGGUGGCGGCGCCACAAUAAAUUGAGGAUGGUCGAUGUCUGUGGCGGCGGUAUGCCUCCGUAAUAGGAAAAUGAAGCCCCUACGACCGUCGUGCAUGUCCGCUCUCCGCCUCUGGAGGCAUAUUCAUGUCCCCUCCGCCAGGUGCCUCCGCCGUCGCCUCUCCGACCUUGCUCACUCCUCGCCUCUCUGCCUGGCCUUCGACAACCGGCUUCAAGCCAUGCCUCUAUUGCACCUGGAGCAAAGCGUAGACCGCCGAGCCAACUACACUAUCACCUUGCUCAGUCGCCAGGGAAGGAUGUUUAAUGCUCGCCAACUGUUCGACAAAACACCCCACAAGGACGUCAUCUCCUGGACCUCAAUCAUCUCCGGCUACAUAAGGUGCGGCAUGCUCCACGAGGCAAGGGCGCUCUUCGACCGUGCGGACGCACAGAAGAACGUAGUCACCUGGACCGCCAUGCUAUCCGGCUACGCUCGGUCGAAGCUUAUCAGGGAAGCUGAGGAGCUCUUUGAAUGCAUGCCCGAGAAGAAUUGUAUUUCUUGGAACACCAUGCUCGCCUGCUACGCUGAGAACGGCCAGCUCGAUGAGGCCUUCCAUCUGUUCACGAGAAUGCCGGAUCGGAAUGUCGUGUCCUGGAACACGAUCAUGAUUGCUAUGACUCAAUCUGGUCGCUUAGAUGAAGCAUAUCGGCUGUUUGACGAAAUGCCCGCGAGGGAUGUGAUAUCGUGGACUUCAAUGAUUGCAGCCUUAUCGCACAAUGGGAGGGUUGAUGAAGCUCGAGUUCUGUUUGAUAGAAUGCCGGAGAGAAAUGUGGUUUCCUGGAAUGCGAUGAUAUCAGGUUAUGUCCAAAAUCUAGGACUUGAUCAAGCUCUGGAGCUGUUUGUAAAGAUGCCUGAGAGGGACAUAGUUUCUUGGAAUACCAUGAUUACCGGAUUUAUAAAGAAUAAAGAUUUGAGCAGGGCACGAGGUUUAUUCGAGGAGAUGGAAGAGAAGAAUGUGGUCACUUGGACUGCCAUGAUCACAGGAUGCGUCGAAGAUCAACAGAAUGAGAUGGCAUUAAAGAUGUUCUUAGAGAUGCUAAUGGCCGGUGUCAAGCCAAACCAAGCAACAUUUGUCAAUGUUUUGGCUGCAGCAAGCAAUUUAGCAGCAUUUGCCGAAGGACAGCAAAUCCAUCAGAUUGUUAGCAAAACCAUUUCCCAGUUUGAUCCUUCUGUUAAUUCUGCUCUCAUGAGUGUGUACUCCAAGUGCGGUGAGAUUGCUAUUGCUAGAAAAUUGUUUGAGCUGCUGGGUCAAAAGGAUUUGGUAUGUUGGAACGGAAUGAUUGCGGCAUAUGCCCAUCAUGGGAAUGGCCAAGAAGCACUGAACCUUUUCAGAAAUAUGCACCUGCAUGGAUUCAAGCCUAACGAUGUUACCUAUGUGGGAUUGCUCUCAGCAUGUAGCCACUCUGGUUUGUUUGAUGAGGGGCUUAAUCUUUUCAAGUGCAUGAUGAAUGAUCCAUCAAUUGAGGUGCGAGAAGAUCAUUAUGCUUCCUUAGUCGACCUAUGUGGUCGAGCAGGGCGACUUAAGGAAGCUUCGAGUUUCAUCAAAGGGUUAAAUAUUAGCCCUUCAUCACCCUCUGUCUGGGGGGCGCUUCUUGGAGGCUGUAACGUCCAUGGGGAUGUUAAAAUUGGGAAUUUAGCAGCUAAGAAGCUCAUGGAAGCAGAGCCCAACAAUGCCGGAUCUUACAUGUUGUUGUCGAACAUCUAUGCUUCGAAGGGCAAAUGGAAUGAAGCAGCAAAAAUUAGGUUAAGGAUGAAGGAUAAAGGACUUAAGAAGCAACCAGGUUGUAGUUGGAUUCAGGUCGGAAACAGAGUUCAUGUUUUCAUGGUACGCGAUAAGUCUCAUAGCGAAUCUGAGAAGAUCAACGCAUUGUUGCAUGAUCUUCAUAAUAAAAUGCGGCAAAAAAAGGAUAUGUUAAUGCUCUGGAUCUUAUUUCAGUUGAAGAUGAAGUAAGUUAUUCUUCCUUUUAGAAUUAAUAGGUCUGAAGUUAACUGGUGUAUGCAAAUAUGAACUACUAGUUAUUUCAGACAAAUAUAUGUAGCAGUAGUUAGAAAGAUAAGUGCGAUUCAGAAUAAUGUGAGAACAAGAAAGCAGCGGUAUUAUCACAAUGACAAUCAAAUCCUAGCAAAGAUCGCGAGAGCCCAGAGGAGUAGAGCCAAACCCGAGAACACGUUACUCGCCGUGCAUGCUCCACUUUGUACAAUCGUAUUAAUUGUCAAAGUUUUGAUUCGAAAAUGGUGGCUAGCUACGCGUCAAUGUAGUAUAAGCAUCUAUUGGGAUGGGUUGUGGGUGUGAGAAGGUUUAUUAAUUAAAGGGAAGAGAAAGGAAGAGAAAGUAAAGUAUUUGAAUUUAUCUUAUUUGGGAUGAAGGGAUUGUUAAUUAACAAACAUGUGUAUCUUGUUUGAGAGGAAA